AUGUCGAAUCCUAGCCUCGCCGAUCUCGACUCCGCAACCCUGGGCGCUAAGAUGCCCGAAAUCACGCUUGCCGAUGGCACGGUGGUGCAGACCGGCACUGUAGGAGCGCUUCUCAUGAACAUCAAGGCCUGCAGCAAGGCCCAUGCAGCCGGCGACGGAGAGAAGAUGGCGAAGCUUCAGGAAGCUACAUGCGCCAGCCUGCCACUCCUCCAGGUGGGCAUUUUUGACCUCUUCACACCCGAGGAGUGGGCGCAAGGUAGCAAUGAAGGCAGGAAGCUUGUGGGGAAGCUUGCGCUUGAGUCUUCAGACGUUGUAGCUGGUCUAUUGGGUGUGUGUUUUUGUGUAAACUCUCACAAAUUCCUGAGGCAUGAGUGA